UCUACCCUUCUCAUCCCCAGGGUCAAUUAAGUGAGAGCAUGGACCAUGGAGGAGUUGGCCAAUAUGACCUUGGGAUGGAGCAUUGUGAAAAAUUUGAGAUUUCAGAGACCAGUGUGAACAGAGGCCCUGAGAAGAUCCGCCCCGAGUGCUUCGAGUUGCUGCGUGUGCUGGGCAAGGGCGGCUAUGGCAAGGUGUUUCAAGUACGAAAAGUGACCGGAGCAAACACCGGGAAAAUAUUUGCCAUGAAAGUUCUUAAAAAGGCAAUGAUUGUAAGGAAUGCCAAGGAUACAGCUCACACGAAAGCAGAGAGGAAUAUACUGGAGGAAGUGAAACAUCCCUUCAUUGUAGACUUAAUUUAUGCCUUUCAGACUGGUGGAAAACUCUACCUCAUCCUUGAGUAUCUCAGUGGAGGAGAACUAUUUAUGCAGUUAGAGAGAGAAGGGAUAUUUAUGGAAGACACAGCUUGCUUUUACUUGGCAGAAAUCUCAAUGGCAUUGGGGCACUUGCAUCAGAAAGGAAUCAUCUACCGGGAUCUGAAGCCAGAAAAUAUCAUGCUUAAUCAUCAAGGUCAUGUAAAACUGACUGACUUUGGGUUAUGUAAAGAAUCCAUCCACGAUGGAACAGUCACACACACAUUCUGUGGAACAAUUGAAUACAUGGCCCCAGAAAUCUUGAUGAGGAGUGGGCAUAACCGUGCUGUGGACUGGUGGAGUUUGGGGGCAUUAAUGUAUGACAUGCUGACUGGAGCACCUCCUUUCACUGGGGAGAACAGAAAGAAAACAAUUGACAAGAUUCUCAAGUGUAAACUCAACUUGCCUCCCUACCUCACACAAGAAGCCAGAGAUCUGCUUAAAAAGCUGCUAAAAAGAAAUGCUGCCUCACGUCUAGGAGCUGGUCCUGGAGAUGCUGGAGAAGUUCAGGCUCACGCGUUCUUCAGACACAUCAACUGGGACGAGCUGCUGGCGCGCAAGGUGGAACCUCCUUUUAAACCCUUACUGCAAUCUGAAGAGGAUGUGAGCCAGUUUGAUUCUAAGUUUACACGUCAGACACCUGUUGAUAGCCCAGAUGACUCAACUCUCAGUGAAAGUGCCAACCAGGUCUUUCUGGGUUUUACGUAUGUGGCUCCAUCUGUACUUGAAAGCGUAAAAGAGAAAUUUUCUUUUGAACCAAAAAUUCGAUCACCUCGCAGAUUCAUAGGUAGCCCUAGGACACCAGUCAGCCCUGUCAAGUUUUCCCCUGGGGAGUUCUGGGGAAGAGGUGCUUCUGCCGGCACAUCCAACACCCAGCCACCUGUGGAAUACCCGAUGGAGACCAGUGGAAUAGAACAAAUGGAUGUGACAGUCUGUGGAGAGGCUUCAGCACCACUUCCAAUCAGGCAACCAAACUCUGGGCCCUACAAAAAACAGGCUUUUCCCAUGAUUUCCAAACGGCCGGAGCACCUGCGCAUGAAUCUAUGACAACACCAUUCUGUAAGCCUUGGAAGGAGGAAAACCCAGAACGGACAUCAGCCCCCUUGAAGUUGAAAUUUGAGGGCUUGUUUGGUUUACUUUUAAAAAGUGACAAUAUCAAAGAAUCGGUCAUUGCACAGAGAGACUUGGAAAGCAAAGAAAAAACGGAUUUUUUUUUUUCCUGUCAAUCAAUGGUGCAUAAAACAAAAACACAAAAAACUUUAGCAAAUGGUAUUGCAGAACUCUAGGCACAUCAUCUUACUGAUUCCAGUGACAUCUUCUCACCUUAUCAAGGAUCUUUCAGCUUGAGAGCUCGAAACUGACAGUAUUAAGGGGCAGGAUGUUGCUUCAGAAUCACUGGUGUAGUCUGAAUGUGUCGAGGAGGGUUGGCCCUUUCACUAGGCAGAGUUUGGAAUGCCUGCAGGCUUGCAGCUGAGGGGUAAUUAGCAUGCAAGCUUCGUUAAGCGGUUUCCUACAUUGGGGUGGAAUCAAAGAGGAAAGCUAAACUUAAUUGGUGUUUCACAUUCA